AUAUUAUUCUUUUUUUUUUUAUGGCGUUUACCUACAUACUAAAUUAUAUUACUCUAAACCUAAAAACUAAAAAUAUAAGCAUUUGAUAUAAUGAUAUCGAAUGAAUCUAAUUUUGAACGUUCGAGUGAACCGAGACACGGUUCGAGAGUAUUGGUCGACAGCCGAUCACGUCCCGGUCCCCCUCCACAUAUUAGAAACAACACAACGAACGGCGUAGGCUGUGAGGGGGGGCAGGGAGGAGGGGUUUCCAGUCUUUAGCUAAGUGAAAGCUGUUUUAAAUAAUAUGUUUAAUAUGUCGCAGAAAACCAACACACGGGUCGCUCACGAGAUUCCAAUGACGCGAAGUAAACGCGCUGCGGCGAUUAUACAGAAAAUCUGUAUAAAUCUGAGUCGGCAUCGACGCGCUCGCUUGGAAGUGCGACGUGUAUACAAUAUUACAAUGUUAUUGUAUGAUUAUCGUUUACGUGACGCGGAAAACAAAAAAUAAUAUCGUUAUCGUCAACGAGCGCCGCGUCGAUGGCGGACCGCGGACACCACCGGCGCCGGUGCACCGACCCGUAGCAGCAGCAGCCGCACCGACGGUGACGGCGGACGAUGGCGCCGCGGCCGCCGUCGUGGAGGUACGAAAUCUUCAUGUUUCUCGCCGUCAGCACGUCGUUCCUGGUGCUGUUUGACGCGUUUUCCGCAGACCGCGACACCCGGCGGAGCGCGCCGAUGCGCCCCGGACCGUCACCGAUGCUCACCACCUCCACCACAGAUGGCCGGCGGCGACGUCCGUUGUUGGACCUUAAUGGCUUCGAGUACGUCAUCGACAGCGGCGCGUGCGAAGGGCCGCGACGCCACACUCCCAUAGUGGUCCACAGCCAUGUGGGCCACUUCGAGCGUCGCCGGGCUAUCCGCCAGUCCUAUCCGCGGACGGUGCUCGACCGGCUUGGAUUCCGUCAUGUGUUCAUGGUCGGAUUGCCGUCAUCAGGCGACCGUGACGGCGACCUGCAGGCCCGGCUGCUCCGGGAGUCGUCCCGGCACGGAGACGUGGUGCAGGGCAACUUCCGGGAGGCGUACAGGAACCUGACGUACAAACACACGAUGGGCCUGACGUGGUUCGCGAAACGAUGCCCGCGGUCCGACUACAUGGUCAAGAUGGACGACGACAUCGCGGUGAACGUGUUCAAGCUGAACGCCGUGCUGGGACGGGCCGACAACCGCGAUCUGGCCGGGUGCGUGAUCGCCGCGAAACCCAUAAGGGACGAGAGCAACAAGUGGUACGUGAGCCGCGCCGAGUUUGCGGGUGACGCGUACCCGCCGUUCCUGUCCGGUUGGCUGUACGCGGCCAGGGCGGCGUCCGUCCCGCGUCUGCUGCGGGCGAUCGGUGAGCACGAAAAAUACUUUUGGAUCGACGAUCUGUACGUGACGGGCAUACUCGCCGAACGCGCAGGACUCGCGUUCACAGACCUGAGACCCGACUUCGAGACCGACCCGGGACCGAUACACUGUUGCGUACACAAGCGACAGCGGUGCGACUUUCUGGCAGCACCCACCGGCGACGACGACACAUUGCUCCAGCGGUACGCCGAACAGCUUACACGUUGUAAGGCUACCAACUCUUCCUGCGAUGUGUUUCGCAAGUCAAAACUCCAUCACAACUGUCUGGAUUUGUGGAAAAAGAAACAACCACUAGAUACGAGGAUGGGAAGACCGUCAAUCGAAAUAUUGAAUUGGAAUUAACAAUCUACAUAUUAUUAUAUACUUGUUAUAUACAUAUUUCUUGUGUGGAUUUAAUAUUUUAAUAUAAUAUGAGCCGAUCAAGCAAAAUCGGUUCAAACAAAAAACUAUUAAUUGCAUAUUAUAAUUAAUAAUAUAUUGAAAGUGAUUCAUCAUUUUAUAAAUCAAAUAUUUCAUAAUAUUUUUCAUGUGAUAAUAUUUAACAAUGUAUUUAUUACAGACUAAUCGAGACAGUGUGUUUUUCUUCUACAUUUAUGGUAGAAAUAAAUUAAGUUCCUUUUUUGUACAUUUUGUUGUUUAUUUUAUUUUUAUAAAAAUUAUUUGACUUAAUAUUGGUAGUAAUAAUUUGUUCAUUAUAGUAAUAUUUUAAUUUGGUUCUAUUUUACUAUAGUAAUGUUUUGUUUAAAUUAAUUUUUAUAAAUAAAUAUACAAUUGUUA